AAGACUGCGGAGGGUAAUUUCCCAUUGGCCACCAGCAAAACCACAGAUAUCCGGUUUGGGAGCUGGGCCGCGGCGCGCGGAGGCCGCCAUGGUGCGGUUUAAGCACAGGUACCUGCUGUGCGAGGUGGUUUCUGAUGACCCCCGUUGCCGCCUGAGUCUGGAGGACCGAGUGCUGGGCGGCCUCAUACGGGACACGAUCGCCCGCGUGCACGGGACUUUCGGCGCAGCCUCCUGCUCCAUCGGCUUCGCGGUGCGAUACCUCAAUGCCUAUACUGGAGUAGUGUUACUUCGAUGCCGGAAGGAAUUCUACCACCUCGUGUGCUCAGCUCUUCCUUUCAUCACAUACUUGGAGAACAAAGGACACCGUUACCCGUGUUUUCUCAACACCUUACACGUGGGAGGUACAAUUAGAACAUGCCAGAAGUUCCUGAUUCAUUACAACAGGAGACAGCUGUUGAUCUUAUUGCAGAACUGCACCGACGAAGGAGAACGACAAGCUAUCCAGAAGUCUGUCACCAGAAGCUGUUUACUAGAGGAGAGGUCAGAUGAGGAGUUUUCGGAGAGUGGUGAGGAGGAGGCUGCUGAAGCAGUGGAGUGAACCUCUGCACGCUGUGGUGGGCCCAAGAUUCAGGGCCCAGUUGUUGGAACAGAACAUUCUGGGAGGCAGCAGCAUCUGCUACAAUUUUGGCAAAGUGGAUGACUGCUCACCAGAGGCCAAGGUAUCAGCUCAAAGUAGAGGACUUGUUCACUUAAACUGAAGUCACAUUUACCUAGCGCUGCCGGGUUAAGUGGUCCUGCAGGUGGUGAACCCCCAGCAGUUACAGACAUAUCUGUGUCUAAUUGCCUGGCUGAGUAGGUUUAAUAAAUGUACUUGGCAGGGCACCAGGGCCCAGUCAGUUAAGCAUCCGACUCUUGGUUUUGGCUCAGGUCAUGAUCUCACGAUUGUGGGCCUGAGCCCCAAGUUGGGCUUUGUGCUCAGCAUGGAGUCCUUCAGAUUCUCUCUCUUCCCUCUCUCCCUCUCCCCAUCUCCUGCUCUAUUUCAAAUAAAAUUUAAAAAAUAAAUACACUCACUUCUAUAGCA